AUGUCGGUUACAAAACGUGGUAAAGCCUUGCCCGUUGAUGCCGACGGGUCGAAGUUCUUCUAUUCGAUCCUUAAGCAGCUGGAUCUUAGAUCGGUUGAUUGGGAAGCCGUUGCUAAGUCAAAUGGAAUCUCCAACGGCCACGCUGCGCGGAUGCGAUACUCCCGCUUCAGACAGCAGAUUGAGGGUACCGUUCCAACAUCUCGAUCGGGUUCCUCUAAGAAGAAUAAGGCCAAGGUAUUGAAGGCUGCUUCUCCCAUUCAAUCUCAGCAGCAACAGCUUCCAGAUUUCCGGGCGGUGCCAGUGGUAAAGCAGGAACAUUCAGCUCCUUACGGGCAGCAAAUUUCCUCCGUGAUGAUGUCGACUGCUUCGUCCUUUCCCGCGGCGCUGCCCACUUACCCUGUUGCGGCUCAGGGUCAUCAAGCCAUUCCUCCUGCACCUGCAGUGAAGUGGGAGCCUAAGGAUCCGUCUGUCAAGCCCGACCCCUAUGACGAUGUUGUCCCUUCUCUGGCCGAGAUUCCUCAUGCUAUAUCACGCCCAAUAACUACGAUGUCAGCUUUUCCGCAAAACAGUUCCUUCGCAAAUCAACCCUUCACCAGGUCCCAGUGGCCUUAUACCCAGCCAGAGCAGGUGAUUGCGGGAGAGGAUACAGGGGGCGACUGUCCGAUCGAGCAGGAGCCAGUGAAAGACGUUGAUGAUAACAAGGAGGGAGAUCCCAAAUGA